UUUAUCCAAUUUUUUCCGCCAGAAAACAGGGUUUUGAAGCGCCAAAUUAAAUACACCAAAAUCAUUUCCCUCUCACAUUUUCAUAUUCUAAAAUCGAGAAUUCAACAAUGGCGGAAGAAGAAGCUGUGAUAUCUGAAUCAUCAGUGACAAUGACUGAAGAAACCCUCGUUGAGGCCCCAAGCGUAGCGGAAGCCCAACCUUCGAAUGAAGCCACUAUCGAAUCGAACGCGCUGGGCGGCACCGAGUCCACUUGCAACAAUAUCAACAGCAACGAAGAAGCUCCGGCUAUGACUUCCGAUGAUGAUAAAGACAAAUCGCUAGAGUUAGCUGCCGAGUUGACGGAGAGAGGAACAAAAGCCCUCAAGGAAAGUGAUUAUGGCGAGGCCGCCGAGUGUUUCAGCCGUGCCCUAGAAAUCAGGGUUGCACACUAUGGUGAACUUGCCUUUGAAUGUCUGAACGCAUACUACCAAUAUGGACGUGUACUUUUGUACAAAGCUCAAGAGGAGGCUGAUCCAUUAGCUACAGUACCCAAGAAGGAUGAUGAAUCUAAACAAGACUCUGAUAGAGAUGGAUCUGUUAAAAGUGCAAUAAAUGGAGAAUCCUCGAUUGCUUCUGUUUCGAGUAGUGCUGAUGAGGACAGGACUGAUGCCAAUCAUCAAGGAGCAACAAAUGAUGCUUCUGGUGGAAAAGAUCAGGAAGAAGGUGAUGAGGAUAGUGAAGAUGAAGACAUAGCAGAAGCUGACGAGGAUGAGUCUGACCUUGACUUGGCAUGGAAAAUGCUAGAUGUUGCCAGGGCAAUUGCUGAAAAACACUCAGGCGACACGAUGGACAAAGUGGAUGUGCUAUCAGCAUUGGCGGAAGUUGCUUUGGAAAGAGAGGAUAUUGAAACAUCUCUCAGCGAUUACCAGAAAGCCCUAUCCAUUUUAGAACGACUUGUUGAACCAGACAGUAGACAUUUAGCAGAACUAAAUUUUCGCAUAUGUUUGUGCUUGGAGAUUGGAUCUAGGCCUCAGGAAGCAAUAGCAUAUUGCCAGAAAGCUAUAUCAAUUUGCAAGUCCAGGCUACAGCGGCUCACAAAUGAAGUAAAGAGUUCCUCCGAAUCUGCAAUAUCAUCUGCAGUUUCUGAAUUAGAUGAAGGUGUCCAACAGUCAUCCAAUACCUUGCAGAGUGAUAAAUCUGUGACGGAUAAAGAAUCAGAGAUUGAGACACUUACUGGCUUGUCUGGAGAGCUAGAAAAGAAGCUCGAAGAUCUUCAACAGCUGGCCUUAAACCCAAAAUCAAUUCUUUCUGAAAUCCUGGGAAUGGUAUCUGCCAAGGCAAAAGGUGGAGAGGAUAGUGCUGCUCCAGCUGUUGUGAAUUCUUCACAGAUGGCUACUGCUAACAGCAAUGGAGGCUUUGACUCUCCAACUGUUUCCACUGCCCACACGAAUGGGGCUGCAGUCACUCAUCUUGGUGUUGUGGGAAGAGGAGUUAAGCGAGUGUUGAUGAAUACAGGCUCAGCUGAAUCAAGCCCAAUGAAGAAAACUGAAUUGGAUUCUUCAGCAGAUAAAGAUGGCAAUUCAAAUUAAUCAUUCCCAUCUAAAGGUCCAUCCUUUGGCAUGUGUAGUCCAAACCAGUAAGUUCCAGUCUUGUAUUCUGCCAUCAAAAUAUUGACACAGGGAAUCUUUAUAAGCUGCUUUAUUGGCUGUGACUUGGACUUGUGCCUGGUCCAGGAUUCUGUUGUAUGAUGGAAGUUCUAGUACUUAUGUCUAUUAUGCAUUCUGCAACAUGAGUUGGAAAACAAUAUUUCUACAGCCUCUUGUAACAUCUUUGCAAAGAUUUCAGUUGUUCUGAACUUGUCACUUCACUUGUUAAUCUUGGAGAAAACAACCUUUUUAAGCCAUAGUGCUGCAUCUGAAA